AUGCCUAUCCGCAAUCCCUUUCGUCGCGCGGGUGUGCCUGAGGCCGUCGAUGAGGCCCAGCGGAGCGCGCCGGAGAACGGUUUCAAGAGCACAGCUGUUUCGGGCGCCGCACCCGUGCAGGUCAAGGACCCUGUCGAGUACAAAUUGAGUGAAAUAAACGACAGCGGCGUGUACCUACCGCCGAGCCCUCAGCAAGAGAAGCCCACCUUCUGGCACUCCAAGUCCAACGUCUCGACCACAUCUUCAAAUCACCGCAGUCUGCUCGCCGAGAAUGAGCCGUUUAGCAUCUCGCGCGAGAGCUUCGACUCCUACAGACGGUCAUUUGACAUUUCCGCGCGCUCUCCAAUCCAAGACAACGUCCAUGAAACGUAUCCCCGCCAGUCACUCGAUGCGCGCCGCUCCGUAGACACCAGACGUUCGCUCGACGUCCGCCGCUCGCGCGCCACACCGCGCUCCUCGAUGCAACAACCCCGCCACAGCGAAAGCCACGAGCAAGUACCCGAAGAGGGGUUUGAGGAGGUGGGCCUGAACGACGAGCCGAAGCCGCAGCCAAAGAAGCGCAGCAUCUUCUCGCGCUUCGGCGAUAACAACAACACCGACAAAACGGAAGAGCGACCUAGCUCGAGCCAUCACUUCUCCCUCACAGGCCGGAAGCGGGCUGAGAGCGGGGCAGGCUCAGAGCUCAAGCCUAUGCCAAAGCCAGCGGCUGAGGUCCCCGCGGAGGCACGGUGA